UCUUGAGUGCAUCGUUUGUAAUAAAGUGAGAUUAAAUCGUAUUAAAAGAUUAUAUUAAAUUAUGUAUUAUAUAUCAGAAGUACGAAGAACAGAAGGAAAAGUUGAAGACAGGACUGGGGUCAAGAUUUCCGACAUCAAUUCCACAUAGUUUUCAGAAAUGCUUUCAAAGCAAUUCGAAGUUUCUACCAAUGCCUGUGAUUGGUCAUUCCAUUAUGGCGUCCUCUUAUUUAGACCAAUCAGAUUCAUCGUUGAAGGUUGCAAUGCGCGGAGUGCGGUGGAGUUCAACAGUCCUUUUUGAAGCUUUGUCCGUUUGGCACGUGUCCGCAACAGACCCGUUCGUGUAUGUAAACUGACAAUGAGUCCAUCGAAGUUGUCGCAGUGAAGUUGGCGCACUAAUACAUUCACGCCGCGUCGGUGAGCCGGCCGAUAGCGGAAUUUACCGAAGAAUGCCGAAGCGGUGCCGACCGGUCUUCGUCGGGAAGGAAGGUCUCGCCAUUUCUCUCGCGAACGUCGAAAUGACAAGACGUGUUGAGAGCAUCCUUUUGUAUAAGCACCAACGAGAUACUGUAUCUCGUCGGUGAUGUAGUAUAGCAUGCCGUUAGUUGGAUGCAAUAACUGAGGUGGCGUUUGAAUCAGUUUCUAUGAGCUGCAAUGAGCUGUUUUACCGACGCGGAAUUCGGAGUUCGGCCAUCGCCUUAAAAUUGAAAAAUGCAUAUAAAUAGAUUCUCUCUGUAUUAAAAUCAUUAAGUUUAUUUCAAGUAAGAUAUAAGUAUUUUGUAUUAUCCCAAUAGUGUAAAGAAAAGCGAUGAAGUUAUUAUGAUCUAUUUUAUUAGCAUAUAAUAAAUAUUCAACGUAGAAGUUUCUUUUCUUGUUGCGUUAUGUAAAUGAAUUCUGUAAAAAUAUUGAAGAGAAAUUGCAAUUGUAUUCUUAGCAUUGAGAAAUUGAUAUCAUAGAACCUCUUUUAACCGUCCCUGAAGCGCAUAAGCUUCACUGACCGUAGACGGGUGAUAUAGUGAUAUAUAUAGUCUUGUAUAGUCUGCAGCGUUCAUUUGCAAAAUGGCUGACCACAGGGAAAGGGAUUCAUAUUAUUCGCAAACGGAUUUACGAUCUAAAAAUGAUGAUCCACCAAACUCACGUUUAUUUGUUAUAUGCCACAAAAGCUUGGAGGAAGAUGAUCUCAGGAAAGCGUUUGAAAAAUUUGGAAAAAUUGAAGAUAUUUGGGUGGUUAAAGACCGAAGUACAGGUGAAAAUAAAGGUGUUACAUAUAUUAAAUUUUCUAAAACAUCAGAGGCAGCUUUUGCUCUUGAAGAAAUGAAUGGAAAAAUGUUAGGAUCCGUAGGAAGACCUAUCAAAGUAAUGAUUGCUUCAAACCGUGAUCAAGGUUCUGUAAGGGAAACAAAUGAAGAGGAAAGAUGGGUUCGUCUUUUUUGUGUGUUACCUAAAUCAAUGACUGAUAAUGAACUUCAGCAAGAAUUUUCAAAAUUUGGACCUAUUGAAUAUGCAACUGUGGUCAAAGAUAGGAAUACAAAUGAAUCAAAAGGUUUUGGUUAUGUAAAGUUUAAAAAAGUAUCUAGUGCAGCAAGAGCAUUUGAAGAAUGUGACAGGAAGUACAAGGCUGUAUUUGCUGAACCUAAAAAACCUAAGCCAGAGCACGUUGAUGUAAAAUACAAUAAUGGACUAUCCUCUCAUUACGAUGGUGCAAGUGGAGGUUAUAGUUCAUCAAAUUUUGGAAAAAGCAGUAUUAGUUUAGAAAUUGCUACAAAUUAUCCUAAUUCUGAAGGUUAUACGCAUUUACAAGUAAUUGCACAUCCAGCAUUAAAUCAAGAUCAGUUAUGGAAAUUGUUUGAUAUUGUACCUGGUUUGGAUUAUUGCCAUUUAAAAAAUGAUGUAAGAUAUAGGAUGCCAAGAGGUCAAGCUGUUGUAGUGUAUUCUAAUCCUAGUGCAGCAGCAUAUGCAAGAGAAAAAUUUCAUGGUUUUGAAUAUCCUCCUGGACAUAGAAUGAUAGUUAAACCAGAUUUAUCAAAUGUUCCACCAAAAAAUGCAAUAAAAGCUGGGAGCUCAGCAGGUGGAAUUGCCAGUGCUAGGACAGAUCUAGCACAUCUAGCAGAAACAAUUGCUCAAGCUACAUCUUUAAUUCAAGCUGCAGGACUAACUGCACCAAGUUUAGAACAUUCAAUGUGUGUUAAAUUACCACCUGUGCAACCGAUGGCAAGUAUAGAUGCAGAAGUUGCAAAAAGGUGUUUCAUUGUAUGUGGACCUCCAGUACCUCCUAUAUAUGCUAUGAAGGAUGCUUUCUGCAGAUUUGGAAAUCUCAUAGAUGUUUAUAUGCUCCCGGGGAAAAAUUGUGGUUACGCAAAGUAUGCUAGUGUACAAAGUGCAAAUGAAGCAAUCGAGGUUCUGCAUGGGCAAGAAAUUUGUGGAUCUCGACUGAAAGUACUAGAAGCAGAAGAGCGCAACGUUGGCGAAGAUCGCAGAAAACGAUUAAGAAUGGAUGAAGAUGAAAAUUAACUUUUUUUCGUAUACCUCACUGACUGGUAUACACAAGCUGGACGCACGCAAUAAAAGAGACGAAUUUUAAGACUCACUUGACCACGUCGGGCCCGCAUCCAAGGAAACUACUCCAACUACCUACUUUUAACUAUCGCUUACGUUCGCGAUUUCAACGUUACUGAAACUUUAACGAUACUUUACUUUAUCCUUACAUGUCGUUACACACACACCUGACUUUUUGGUUUUAUUAUUUUAAGAGGCCUGUGCGAAAAGUGAUCUUAAACAUUCAAUUUUAAGGUUAUGUAAAGCACACAAAAUUAGUUAAAUUUAAAACUUCUUCCUUUAGCGUAAGGGAGUUGUACGAUGCAAUAUACUUGAGGCGUUUAUUUAUGGUAAUAUACUACAAGUAUUAGUCAAAGGUAAGAGUAUUUCUCUAUGCAUAUACUUUUGUAUUAAAACCGCGUGGGGGUGAAAGCUUUUUUAGAUAAAUUUCAAAAAAAAAGAAAACGAAUGAAUUCUCUGUAGUUUAAUAAUUAAGAGAAAUGAAAGAGAUCAUUUCACGAUAUUUUAUAUUCUUGUUUAUAAAACAAGACUUACGUUAUCAAUUUUAACUAUUCGCGCAGGCUUUACAACAGGCUUUAAAACCUGUGCCUUAUAGUUAGUAAAACAAAUUUUUGUUUAUAAUCUAUAUUCGAUAGUUCUGUACUAUUCUUUUAUUAGCUAUACUCUGUAUGAAAGAAAACGUAAAUUAAUUUAUUUCUUGUAUAUGUUUCAAGAAAUAUUUUCAUGGUGACGAAUUCAUGAUAAUAAUAUAUUUUACAGAACUAAAAUUCCAAAACAAGAUAUAUUCUGCAAAACGGUACUUUGUUCUUAUAAUACUUUAACGAUAUGGUUUUAUAUAUUAAUAAUAUCGGGAGAAAUUAUAUUUUUAUAAAGGUGAAUGUGGUGAAAUUUAUUUCGCCAGUCUUAAACUUGAUAUUGCAAAAUUUGUUUGUUGAAUUGUAAAUAAUAAUUUUUAUUUUAGUAACAGUUUUGGACGAGUUCUAACAGUUAAUAAAAUUUUGCUAUUACAUUAAAUUAAAUGGUUAUUAAAAGGAAGUUAAAUUACUUCAAAUAAAUAGAUAAUUAUGGAUAUUAAUAAAAUAAGAAAACUGCUAAAGUUUCCAAUGAGAUUCGGAUACAUCUUGUUUUGGAAAUAAUUUAACAUCGCAUAUGUUUACGUGUAUAGAUAUAUUUGCAUAAAAUAUAUCAACAUAUUAUUUUCUAUGAUUAGACCGAAUUUCGUUAAGCGAAAUACGUUUUCUUAGGCAGCUAAUAUGUCUAUAAUUACAAUUCGUCAAAUACCAGUUAUUGACGCACAACAUGAACCUUUUAUGGACACUUUUGUACAUGUGUUAGACUGUUUUACUCAAUGACCAUACGAAAUGAUGUUUUAGGAGACUGUAACUGACUUGUUUGAUGAUAUUAAAUACACAUUAAGUAUUCAAAACCUUA